AUGUCGUUGCUGAAUCGGCUGGGUAAUCUACUAGGCUUGUCCAAGUCGACUCCAGUGCACCCGGGGGCAGUAUUGGCCGCGACAGUCACUACAUUCAUACAGCCAGCCUCGUUGGGAUUUGUACCGGUCGCAGUCCAUUUAGAUCUAUUCACUAUCGUUGCCCAGCUUGGAACAACAGCCAGCAUUGAGGACGUAACGAAGGCCGUUAACAAGAAACAAUCAACGAAGAAUGGAGCGGAGAUUAGCCCAAGGCUUAUAUCCGAUACGCUAUACAUCAUGUCUGGAUUAGGCCUGUUGGAUCGCGUGGACGAGGACAGUUUCAGUCCAAAUGCUAUUACUCGCCACAUGGCAUUUGACAUGCCUUCCAGUCAGCAUGGAGCAUUGCACUUUACCACAGAAGGAAUGCUGGCCGGUGCAUUCCUUUUGAAAAAGCUCCAAAGUCAGAAUUUUGCAUAUCCCUUCGACGAGGCCAAUGGCCCAGUCCAGUAUGCAUAUGAACAGAUGGGACAAAAAGAGUUAUCCAAACAACACACGUACUCCAUCAUGGAAGCUGAAGGGCGGAUGCCUAGUUUCAAUAUUUUCAUGGAGGGCAAGUUCCUCAAAUUCCAAACUUUCCCGGAUCGCGCCAAGUCAAUCGGGUAUGACCUGCGCGCAGCGCUCAGCGAGCCCGGCUCUGUUGCCAUGGUUGACAUUGGUGGUGGACGUGGAGAGCUCCUCCUUGAAGUCCAAGCGGCUUUUCCACAUCUAACUGCGGAGAAUUUGCUUCUGCAGGAAUUCAAUGCAGAUAUCGAGGAAGUCCCCGGUUUGUCCCUGAUGGAGUGGAACUAUAAGAUCAGUCCUGAACAACCAAUCACUGGAGCCCGGAUCUACUCACUUCAGCAUAUCUUGCACAAUUUGCCGGAUCUGGAUUCCGUGGCGCUGUUGCAGAAACUCUCGCGUGCAAUGUCCUUCACUUCGCGUCUCUUGAUCAUUGAGUAUGCCAAGAACUCAACGUACACUCAUCUUCAUGCCAGUAUGAUUGCCCUUUAUGGUGGCCGUGAGCGAAGCCCCACUGAAUGGCGACAGCUUGCCCAAGUGUCUGGGUUAGAAGUUAAUUUUGAGGCAUAUGUAUCGAAAGGCGAGUCGUUGGUGGAAAUGCGUAAAAUUCGAGUGGGAACUGCAGAAAAUCCGGCUCUAUGA